AUGUGUUUAGAUCACGAAGAGCUAUGUGGUCCCAGUCACAGGUCAUUUUGCCUGAAUGGAGGGAUUUGUUAUGUGGUACCUACUAUUCCCAGCCCAUUCUGUAGAUGCAUUGAAAAUUAUACGGGAGCUCGUUGUGAAGAAGUUUUUCUCCCAAGCUCCAGCAUCCAAACUAAAAGUGACCUGUUUGCAGCUUUUGUGGCAUUGACUCUUCUAGGAACUCUUAUCAUUGGAGCCCUCUACUUCCUUUUCAGGAAGGGCCACCUUCAGAGGGCCAAUUCCGUCCAGUAUGAUAUAAACCUGGUAGAGACAAGCAGUACUGGUGCCCACCACAUCCAGUCAGCUGACUGGGCAGGCAUCCCUCCCACAGCAAAAUCCAGCAAGCUGCCCCAGCAGGGACCAGUGCCACUCCACAGUGACACCUGCCCUGGAGAAGGAAAGAUCAUCACAGGCUCUCCCAGAGCUAAACCUGCUGACUUUGAAGUACCUGGAUUGCUGAUUGUAAAACUUGUGAUGUUAAACCCAACUGGUUUUCAAAGCCAAAUAUUUUGGAGACUCAUCUUCCCGGUUCAGCUUUCCACUUCUCUUCAGAGGGUCAGAGCAAAUAUGGCCGUGCGGGAAUCCCUGGCCCAGAGCCACAAGGUCGUGGUUCCUUUUCUUCAAUAA